GGAUGUGAGUGGCUGGAGGAGCCGUCCGAUUGCUUUGGAAAAGUAGUGGUUUUGAGACUAUCCACGGCGCUAUGUAAUCGACUGAAAGUUGUCAGAUAUUUUUGGACAAGAAUCCGUUCGAUCCUGCUUCUGCUUCGAGUCGUUUGGGUGCACGUUGAAACUUCGAGGCCUGCUUUGUUAGCCUAGCCUAGUUUAGCAGCUAACAAAGAGAAACAACGCGCCUGGGACAAACACGUCGCCGAGCAAGCAGACAUCAAGUCCCCAAAUGUCAGAUGUCAGUCAAGCGCAUCGUCCUGAACGCCAGGAGUCUCCUCGAAUGGAGGAAGAGUUGCCAUACAUCAAGAAGGUGGAGGAAGAAUUCGUCCACAUUAAAGAGGAGCAGGAGGAGUAUUUCAUUAGAGUGGUGAACCCCCACAUUGAGGAGCAGCAGCAGCCUCAACCCCUCAAAAAAGAGGAGGAGGACCCUCCAUAUGUUAAAGUGGUGGUGGUGGACAUCCCCAAGUGGACUGAUGAGCCCUUGAAGGGUGAAGAUGGCGGUGUGAAGGAGGCCAGCAGAGGGACGGAGCCUCAGAAUGGCAGCAACAGCAGUUCAAAAGAAGGAUCUCAAGCAGACAACCUCAUCGCUCGACCAUCAGAGAGUGACAAUUUCACAUCACACUCCCUGUUCUGUUUGAGAAGAUAUCUUGUUGCUGAGUGGCACGGGCCAGAAUCACCUGGCAUAAAAGAGGAUGUUGAGCUCCCUCAAAUCAAAGAGGAGGAGGAGCCAGAGCCCUGUCAACAGAAGCAACUUCCAAUCAAAAAGGAGGAGGAAGAGCUGCCAUGCGUUAAAGAGGAGGAAGAGGAGGAGCAUAUCGCUAGGUCAAAUGGUGAGCCCUUGAAGAGUGAAGAUGGUCCGAAUGAGGCUGACAGAGGGGCGGAGCCUCCAAGCGGCUGCAGCAGCAGUUCAACAGAAGGAUUGCAGGCAGACAUUUUCAUCACUCCAUCAGACAGAAGUGGCACCGCAUCACACUCACCUUGCAAUGAUGAUGGUCGGAAGAAAUCUCACACUGACGACAAACUCUACAAAUGCUCUCAGUGUGGGAAAACCUUUCUUACCAAGCAAAAUUGUCAUGCCCAUAUGAGGAUCCACACUGGUGAAAAACCUUUUUCCUGCUCAGUUUGUGACCAAAAAUUCGCUCGGAAGCAACACUUAAAACAACACACAAGAAUCCACACUGGCGAAAAACCUUUUUCCUGCUCAGUUUGUGGUCAAAGAUUCACUCAAAAGCAAUACUUGAAAGACCACACAAGAACCCAUACUGGCGAAAAACCCUUUUCCUGCCCAGUUUGUGAUCAAAGAUUCAUUUACAAGCAAUAUUUGAAAGUACACAGAAGAACCCACACUGGCGAAAAACCUUUUUCCUGCUCAGUUUGUGGUCAAGGAUUCUCUCAAAAGCAAUACUUGAAAAUACACAUAAGAACCCACACUGGCGAAAAACCUUUUCCCUGCUCAGUUUGUGACCAAAGAUUCUCUCAAAAGCAACACUUAAAACAACACACAAGAACCCACACUGGUGAAAAACCUUUUUCCUGCUCAGUUUGUGACCAAAGAUUCGCUUGGAAGCAACACUUAAAACAACACACAAGAACCCACACUCGCGAAAAACUUUUUUCCUGCUCAGUCUGUGGUCAAAGAUUUGCUCAAAAGCAAUACUUGAAAAAACACACAAGAAUCCACACUGGCAAAAAACCUUUUUCCUGCUCAGUUUGUGACCAAAGAUUCACUUUGAACCAACACUUAAAACAACACACAAGAACCCACACUGGUGAAAAACCUUUUUCCUGCUCAGUUUGUGGUCAAAGAUUCGCUCGGAAGGAUCGCAUAAAGAGACACACGUGUGUUGCCAUGAGAAGCAGUGGCCAGUGA